AAUUCACCAUCUAAAAAAAAAAUCUCUUUUUACUGUACUAGUACUAUAUAUUUCAAUUAUUCAAGAAAAAACAGAUGUAAAUAAUUUCAUUUUGUCUGGGUAGUUGGUUUGAGAAAUAAAAAAAUCCUUCAAAUUUCCUCCAAAAUUUUAUUCUUGGGGUGCUCAGUUUUUGACAAAUUAUAUGAAGAAAUAACAAAUAAGAUCUUAUAUUAUAUGCAAGUUUUUAAGCUCAGAAGAAGAAGAAGUUAGCUCAAAAUCCACCAUUAAAGCAACAAAUGGUGUUGGAGAAGAUGGGAUGUGUUACUAUGACUAAAAAGAGAUUUCUUUUCUACUUUUACAUCCUUCUUUUCUUUGUCUGCUUCAUUCUAGUUCAACGUUUUCAUCAUAAUGUUCCUAAACUUGCAAUCCCAUCAUCCAGGAAAUCUGCAAAUUUAAGCAAAAGUGAUACCAAUAUCUUACAUACAACAAAACUCCCACUAAAAAUCACCAAAAAAAAGUCCACCCAUUUAUCAAAAACAACAGAAUUCCCCCUCAUUUGCCCCCUAACUAACACAAACCAAACAUGCCCAACAAACAAUUAUCCAACCACAAUGGAUGAUGAUGAUGAUGAUGAGCAAGAGGUCAAUUCGACACUCGAAUCGUGUCCGGAUUACUUCAGAUGGAUCCAUGAAGAUUUAAAGCCUUGGAACACAAAAGGGAUAACAAAAGAAAUGGUAGAAGCAGGGAAAAGUACAGCACAUUUCAGGCUACUAAUUUUGGAUGGAAGAAUUUAUGUUGAAAAAUAUAAAAGAGCAUACCAAACAAGAGAUGUUACUACAAUAUGGGGUUUUUUGCAACUUCUGAGAUUGUAUCCAGGAAAGUUACCAGAUAUGGAUUUGAUGUUUAAUUGUGAUGAUAAACCAGUGAUUAAGAAGAAUGAUUAUGAAGCUGCUGUUAAUCCUAAUCCUAUUCCUAUGUUUCAUUAUUGUGGAGAUGAUGAGCAUUUGGAUAUUCCUUUUCCAGAUUGGUCAUUUUGGGGUUGGCAUGAGGUAAAUAUAAAGCCAUGGGAGCUCCAAUUGGAAGAAAUAAAGAAAGGCAAUGAAAAUGUGAAAUGGGUAGACAGACUGCCUAAUGCUUAUUGGAAAGGAAAUCUACAAACAGGCAACAGAAUAUACCUUAAUAAAUGCAAUUCAAGUAGAAAAUGGAAUACUGAGAUCUAUGAACAGCAUUGGGCACUUGAAGUUAAACAUGGUUUUCGAGAGUCGAAUAUAGCAGAUCAAUGUAACUACAGGUACAAGAUAUAUAUGGAAGGAAAAGCAUGGUCAACAAGUGAGAAAUACAUCCAAGCUUGUGAUUCAAUGUUACUGCUAGUACAACCGCGAUACUAUGAAUUUUUCACCAGGGGUUUACUGCCUUUGACACAUUACUGGCCUAUUAAUCCCUCAAAACUAUGUGAAUCCAUCAAAUUUGCAGUUAAAUGGGGUAAUAAAAACCCAAACAAGCCAUCCCUUGCAGCAACAAGAUUAAUGAGAAAAACACUCCCUUCAAGUGCCUCAAAAGAAAUCAUCAAACAAACAGUAUUUCCCCUACAAUGCAUUACUGGGACAAAUGAUAGUACCAUCCAAACAUGUCCUUCAAACUAUCCAACCACAUUUAACCCAAUUGACCCGACAACCCGUACGUGCCCCGACUACUUGAAAUGGAUCCAUGAAGACCUACAACCUUGGAGAUCAUCAGGCAUUACUAAAGAAAUGGUUGAAGCUGCUAAAGAAGUUGCAUUUUUUAGACUAGUUGUUGUUGAUGGUAAAGUAUACUGGGAAAAAUAUAGAGAUUCUUAUCAAACAAGAGAUAUUUUUACUAUAUGGGGAAUAUUGCAACUCUUAAGACUUUAUCCAGGGAAACUACCAGAUUUUGAUAUUAUGUUUGGAGCAGGAGAUGUUCCUAUCAUUCAUAAGAGUAAUUACACUAAUGCAAGUGAUGCUCCUCCUUUCUUUCAUUAUUGUGGAGAUGAUCAAACUCUUGAUAUUGCAUUUCCUGAUUGGUCUUUCUGGGGAUGGCCAGAGAUCAAUAUAAAAGGGUGGGAAGGAUUGAAGAAGGAUUUAGCAGGAGGAAACAAUAGAGUUUCUUGGAUGGAUAGGUUACCCUUUGCCUUCUGGAAAGGGAAUACUAUUAUGGGUGACAGAGUCAAGCUUCUUCAAUGCAAUUCCACUGAUCAAUGGAAAGCUCAGAUUGCUACUCAGGACUGGGAGCAGGAAACUAAACUUGGCUUCAAAUCAUCAAAUUUAGCUGAUCAAUGUGUUCAUAGGUACAAGAUCUAUAUAGAAGGAAUAGCAUGGUCAGUGAGUGAAAAAUAUAUCCUAGCAUGUAAUUCAGUGGCCUUACUUGUAACACCUAAGUGGUACGAGUUCUUUACAAGAAGCUUGAUGCCCAUGAAGCAUUACUGGCCUAUUAAUCCUGAUCCUGAGAACUUGUGCAAGUCCAUCAAGUUUGCUGUUAACUGGGGUAACAAGCAUAGAGAAAAGGCACAAAAGAUAGGAAAAGCGGGUAGCAAAUUCGUCCAAGAACAGUUGAUGAUGGAUAAUGUGUACGACUACAUGUUUCAUUUGCUAAACGAGUACGCAAAACUCUUAAGAUACAAACCAACUAUUCCUCCAGGAGCCAAUGAAACAUGCUCAGAAAAAAUGGCUUGUUUUGAAGAAGGACUACAAAGGCAAUUUAGACUAGACAGUAUGGUUAAGGGACCUUCUAAGAAAAAUCCAUGUAUCCUACAACCUCCUCAAGAACCUCAAGUCAUCAAGGCUUUCCUUGAUAAACAAGAUAGUAUAAGACGGCGCGUCGACGUGUGGGCGGCGAAGGGAAGUGCUAGUGGAGAUUUGUGAAGUUAGGAUAGAAAUUGAAAGAAGAAAGAACCAAGAAAAUGGACGUGGAGAAGGAGGUGAUGCCAUGAUGGUUGUGUACUUGUACGUGGUGGUGCAAAAUGAGGAUAAAUGUUGAGAUUUAGAAGGAUUUGCUAACUCAAAAGACACCUCCAGGCUCCAAUUUUGCACUAGAAAUAAAGAAAUUGAGGCAACAAACAACGGUUACAUUAGAAAUGUAAAGUAUAGAGGGCCUAAUUUUCUCUCAAAUGGGAAAAAGAAUCAUCUAGGAAAAUAGAAAAUGAAAAAUUCUAUAGCCCUUUGGCUUUGUUACGACUUUUUUUUUUGUACAGUUAGCUGUCAGGAAAUUAAAGACUCGAAAUAAUUAAUGUGUUCUAACUUUGAUACACAUUUGUAUAAUGUACUAUAUUGUUUAUAUAUCAUUUUUGCUAGGGAAGCAACCAAUC